CAUUGUAGCCAGUCGCAGUAGUAGUCGUAGAUACAGCUCACGUAGCGGUGUCGAUUCGAGUGGCCUCAGUUUGUCCGAAACGGGAUGCAGUUUUCCAAAGGUUUGGGAGGCGGUAGGCCCCGCAUGAGUGUGUCCUCUGUUGGGAGCAGUCGCGCGCCGAGUGUAUAUGGAGGCGCCGGGGGAUACGGCACCCGUAUCUCUCAGUCCUAUUUCUCUAUGGACGGGCCAGGCCAGAUCACUAUCGGCGCCAACGAGAAGAAUACCAUGCAGAAUCUGAAUGACCGUUUGGCCACCUACCUGGAAAAGGUACGCUCUCUAGAGGCAGCUAAUAGUAAGUUGGAGCUGCAGAUCAAGGAGUUCUACGAGAUGAGAUCACCGACUCACAAGAAGGACCUCAGUGGGUUCCAUACCACCAUCUCAGACAUCCUCAACCAGAUCCAAGCCAGGUCUGUGGAGAACUCUCAGAUGAUCCUGCAGGUGGAUAAUGCCAGACAUGCAGCUGAUGUCUUCAAGAUGAAGUUAGAGACGGAGGCUAACAUGCGUAUGAAGAUGGAAGGGGAUGUGGCUCGUCAGAGAGGAGUCCUGGACAGGUUUACACUCACCAGAGCAGAACUGGAGAUACAGAUUGAGGGGCUGAAGAAGGAGCUGGUCUACCUCAGGAAGAACCACAAGGAGGAGAUGCAUUUGAUGCGGACGCUGCAUUGUGGUGCUGUGAAUGUGGAGAUGGACUGUGCUUCCUCUGUGGACAUGAGCAAGGUGCUGGAGGAGAUGAGGACCCAGUAUGAGGGCAUGAUAACGAAGAACCAGAGAGAUGCUGCCAAGUGGUUUGAGAGCAAGGUGGAGGUGCUUCAGAACCAGAUCACCACCAGCACCACAGAGGUGAAGACCUCUCAGUCUCAGGUGACCGACCUGAAGAGGACCUUCCAGAGCCUGGAGAUGGAACUACAUGGCCUGCUCACUCAGAAGGGGUACCUGGAGCAGAGCGUCGUUGAUAUAAACGGCCGCCACGGCUCCCAGCUGAGCCAGCUGCAGGUUUGUAUCAACAACAUGGAGGAGGAGCUGCAGCAGCUCAACGUCAGCAUCCAGCAGCAGGCCUCUGAGUACCAGAUCCUCCUGGACAUCAAGAUGAGGUUGGAGAUGGAGAUCGCUGAGUACAGGAGGCUGCUGGAUGGAGAGGGACUCAGUAGGCAUGUGGAGACCAGACAGGAGGUCAGGAAAGUGAUUGUGGUCGAGAAGAUCCAGGAAAUACAACAAGUCCAGGAAGUGGUGGAAGAGUAUCAUCCACACAUGCAGAAGCGAGUGAGGGUGAUCGUGGAGGAGAUGGUGGAUGGGAAGGUGGUGUCCACCUCAGUAGAAGAGAAGGUCCAGGAUAUGAACUAACUGAGAAGGCCAGAAGGCAUAGUUCCGGAAUCUGGUGAAGCGGUAACGGACCACCCAAACCCCUGGACAACACAUACAACUAAUGUUGGGGGUUCAAGCCUCGUCUAUAUAUACAGUUGAAGUCGGAAGUAUACCUUAGUGAAAUACAUUUAAACUCAGUUUUUCACAAUUCCUGACAUUUAAUCCUAGUAAGAAUUCCCUUUCUUAGGUCAGUUAAGA